AUGAGCGCGCGGCGCGAUACAAUCGCGCAGUGGACAAGUGCGUUGGAGGGCCAGCUGCCUGCCUGGCACGCCGCGCUGCAAACGGCUAAGCAAGCCUCGACGUCUACGUCAUGGGACCCGGCGGCGGUGUCGGCAUGCAUGCAAGCGACGUUGCCGUCGCUGCUGCCUCUGUAUGAGCAAGCCUCAGACAUGUGCAAGGCAGCACGCACAGAGGCAGACAAGCCUUGUGUGUGGGAUGAUGUGCUCUUUACGUCAACAUGGGAGCUUAUACAUGCCUAUAUUCUCAGUGCGGGGCACGUGAACGAUGUCAUGGAUCGAGUGGAUAUGGCGUUGGUGCUGGCCGAUGCAGGCUGUGUAGAUGCGAGUCUGCCGCUUUCAUCGCUGGAAGAUUGGAUGGAGCAGGCGCCCUUGUCGGCGUGCAUGGCUAUGGUCUCCUAUCUGGAAAUCCGCGCGAGUUGGCUGACAGAGAACAUGGUUCCUACGUCCGGCAAAGGGCUGGUCUACUUACGUCUGUGCAAUGAGCUCCUUCGUCGGCUUUCGCGUGCGCAUACACGGCAUGCGGCUGUGGCAGGGCGUAUUCUGUCACUGCUAGCGUCGACGUUUGCCGUCCAUGAGCGAAGUGGUGUGAACCUUAAAGGCGACUUUGACACGGCGCGUUCCACACAGAUCGACGAGGUGGUGGCGGAAGCGCCGUCCUUGUCGAAGCCGACGCUAGACGAAGUGCUAGCGCACCCGCAGUUCUACCGCCUGUUUUGGAGCUUGCAAUCGUACUUUGCGAACCCUGCGUUGUUGUUUGGCGAAGAGGCGAUCGACAUUCCUGGCCGAGACGCUGCUAUCGCCUUAGGUCUCGAGACAGAGGCGACGUGCAUGUCGACCUUCCAAGGGAGUAUUGGAUGCGUUUUGAACGUAUUUCAGCACUUGAACAAGGAAGCCGGGCGUGCGAAGCCUCGUGUUGCUGCUGCAGCUGCUGCGGCUGCGGCUGCCGACGAGCAGGAGAUGGUAUACCCCAAGUACCUUGGCGCGCACGAGUUGUUUGCAUACCAACUGCACGACGUGGCGUUCCGUCGGCAGUUUGUGAUCCAGUGCCUGAUGCUAUUUCAGUACCUGCUGGGCCAAUCGCAGGCUAGUCGUGAGCGAGCCAAAGACUGGAAGAACCAGCUGCUUGUCCUGCCGUACGAACUGAAGGAGAAGGACGAGACGUGGGCCCGCAAGACCUGGCGUCAGGCGCAGAGUGUGCUGCGUCAAUCCGGGGCUGACAGCGAUGUAUAUCUUGAUACCAUUCUUCCGAUUCUGCGUCGCGAGAGCAGCUGGAUUCAGUGGAAAGGCGCUGGCGCUCCCUCCAUCGAGAAGAGACCACUCGAGGCGGAGGUAGAGCAGGCGUGGGUGAAGCGUGUACCUGCGUCGAGGGAAUGCUCGACGUCCGCGUACCCACAUGCUCUCGGCACCGCUGAGCUGAGUGCGAUUUGGGCGGACGGUUUCCAUGUCGUCCCGCCGCGUCAGAUUGAGGUCCAAGACGAAGAGGGCCACAUGCAUAUACGCACCAUGGAUGGAUGGGAAGACUUGGAGUUCCCUCAAGUCCCACCAUCGGUCGUAUCUAUGCAACGCCAACUUCAGCAAACGGACGACGACGAUCAUCGGCAAAGCAUCGCAUGGCGAGCGCUUCGGUGCGUUGGUCGUGAGCAUAUGCAUUUGGUCGCACAUAUGACGACGCUGGAUGAUUUGCCGUCGUUGCUGGCCGUCAUGGAGGCGGAACGCAAAGGGGCGGCCUACGACGUGCCGACCAUCGGCGCAGAGCCGCCCAUGGACGAAGACGAGGGCAUGGCAGGACCUCCGGCUGACCCGUCUGUCGAAGACAGCAUGUCCGACGUGCCGCGUAGCGAGGCAGCGUCGGACGCCGGCGAUGACAAUGACAGCGCCAACGACAACGAACGUACGACACCGACUCAGCCUGCACAUACCCUAGCGCCUGCGCCUGCCCCAGGCAGGGAGCGUGCCUCGUCGUCAGACUUGUCGUCGUCAGACUCCUCGCCCCUCUCGCCGUCGUCGCAGGAAGCGGACGCCGAUGCCACGUUCAUGACGGCGCGUGCCCAAGAGCCGGAGUCCGAGUCGUAG